UACGCUGACAGUUUGAAAUUUAAUAUUUAACUUUUUUAUGUUUUUAUCACAGUAAGCAAUGGUCUUAUUUAUUUUUGCACGCACUUUUAUUGCGUAAAAACAUUUAUAAUUCUGUACAAUUAAUACGACAUAAAUUAUGCAGAAAAAAUAUCAGUAUUUAGUCGGUAAAAUUUUCAGCUUCAGUAUUCCUUUAAGUCAUGCCGAAACAUUUAUUUGAGAAUAAAUAUACCGUGACUUGAGAUGUCUCCAUACGAUUCUACGAGGGAAAGAUCUCAACAGAAUUGCCACAAAGACGGCAUGAUAAUCUUAUCGGAUUUUAUCUCGCCAUCGUAUCACGUUUCCUCGUAUUACAAGAAUGGGAUUUCUCCGAUCAGAAUGUAUCUGGCUGCCGAUGUGCGUACAUAUCAAAGUAAUAAAGCGCUAAAGACACCACCACCUGGAACACUUAUAAUUUGCAGCGGCGUCACGCGAUUCGUGCAGAAGCGCGCAAACAUUUCGUAAUACCGUCCACGGCUCACGAGAGAGAAACACCCGGAAUACAGUAGGUGCGCGAUACUCGAACAUCGAACACGUCGCGCGAAAAACGAGACGUGACGUGAUCAGAUUAUAAAACGCGGAAAAGUGCGAAAAGUCAUUCAAGUUUGACGAAUAUUUCGCCACGAUUUACAUCGGUGUUCGCGUAUAUCCGCGCUGGUAAUACUAAAUCGAUCCUAGAUAAAAGUUUAUCUGGAACGACUGAACACACUCGACAUCUUUAUCUUAAACGAGUGUCACGGCGAAUAGAUUCAUUGUGCCAUCGACCAAGUGAGAAUGCGAGCGACGUACAAAUGUGUACCAGAUGACAGCGUGAAGUGUGUGAUUUACUUUGAAUCUCGUCAGUUCUUACUCUGAAUUCUCUUUCGUCGACAAAAGCGCUUCCAAAUGUGACUGAAAGUCAGAAGGCCUACAAGCCACAUUUAGAGUUCAGAAUAAGCACUUUAAUUGACUGAAAUGUGCGAAACGACCUUUAUACAUAUUUAGGUAUCUUAAAUAUUAAUUUAUUAAUGAGAUAUUUAGAGAUUUUUUUUUACGGCGACAAAGAACGAAAGAAAUACAUCGAAUAUUUUACAUCGAAAUCUAUCGAAUAUUUUUCUAAUAGUUUACAUAGAUACUUAAUAUUAAAAGAGAUUCAAGAGAGCACGUGAUUUUUAAUCGCUCCUGCGAAAAAAUCACACGAUGGUUUCAUUGUUUGUCGGAUUUAUCAGCCGCGAGCAGCGUUCUCAACGCGACGUCGGGAGAUCGGGCUCGCCCCGUGUCAAUAUUUGACACAAAAUCUACGACGAGCACAGUCGAGCGCGGAGGAGUAACGUGAGAGACAGCGAUGAGUAUUUACGAGAAUGUGUGGCUUAUUCAAACAAGACACACGUAAUUCUUGCGCAUACACGCGCUAGACGUAAAAGGCGGAGAGACGGAAGUGGUAGAAGUAACAGCCAGCUCGGAUAUCCCGGCACUGGCGGAUGCGAUUCCACGGAGUGGUGUGAGAGUCUCAAGGGUAAACCGAGGAGUACUCGCUCGACGGAGUGAGUUAUUAAAAAUCACGACAAGCCAUGCUCCUCUACGAUUCCUCCUAUGCGUGCAUCAUCGCGAGCCAUCGACCGUUAUCUGUUCAUGACUGUUUCUUAUCAAGCGCGUUAUUUCAUCAUGAUUUUUAAUCCACCGAAGGGAGAAGACGGACAAGUGAGAAGACUCCAAUUAAGACCCGAGAAUGAAAGACAGAGCUCUAGUGGUAUCAGCCAGACGGGGAAGGAGAGUUUUAUUGUCUCCAGCCAGGGCUAAUCAACGUAAGUGCAGCCUGUCUUUGUGAGGUAGUCGGUCGGUCAGUCAGUCAUCUUCGAUCUUCAGGUGCAUACGCGAUGCUCGGACUUGUACGAACUCGUCUCGCAUGUCGUAGUGCGUGAACUCCGCAAUCAUGAAGAUAUGAAUAGAAGAGGAACGUUCUUCCGCCUCGACAAGAGGAGCGAGCGAACCGUGAGCGCUUUUUCAGAGGAUCAAUCGCGUGGCUAUCGACAAUCCGAAUAGGAAAGAAAAAGAACGAUUAAUAAGUAACAAUCGAGGAAGCAAUCAUGAUGCCGAAUAAGCAAGCGGAAUAUCGGUUGACGAUUUUCUAUAGUAGCUCUAUGGUGCUCUCCGUCACGUCUAUCAUAUCGCUGGUGACCGCAUGGCAGCAUUGGUCCUGGACUUUGGACACUUGCUACAACAUGAAUUGCGGCUGCAUAUUGUACGGCAUGAACACGUUCGACACCUUCAUCGGCGGCGACGUGAAGCUCUGCCACUUCGGCGCGUACGCCCUCCUACCUGUCAUCGUAAUCAGCUUGUGCCUCGGCUCAUAUCAUGGAUACAGAUGUUGCAUACAUAAGAAUCUGGACGAGCCUAAGCGACUUAACGGCACAGUGGCGCAUGACGAUGACAGGCGCAAUUUUAACGAACAAGUAGUGAUCCAUGUGAAAUCGAGAACGCAAUGUAAACAGUGGAUACCAGCCGCUUUCAUCGCGGCAUUAAUUUGUUGCCUGUCUCUUGCUCAUGCGGUCGUGCUAACCGAUGGAUAUUAUGAAACCUGCGGACAAUACAGACGAAAUCUCAUUCAAAUGUUGGGCUCGAGAGGUCGCGAAGCUCAGGUACUUCACAAGAGACUACCAUGUGGCGCGAUCUUCGAUUAUAUGGAUUACCUGCAGCCAGACGCCAAUAAGUGGGUGCGCGGCAGCGAAAUUAACACCGGCAUUGCGCUUCAGCUUGCAAUAUCCACGAGUUGGCUGAAUUUUUUCGCCUGGCUCGCAGCAUUUUCGAUAAACAUGAUUAUGGCGAGAAAGAGGCUGCACAGUUUGGGAGAGAAAUUCUGCUGCUGUUGUUGACGAGUGACGUUCUUGACGAAAUUGGCCAUUCGUGGACAAAUGGAAUAUACUGCGUGGCACCUUAAUGUUUGCCACGAAAUUUAACACAAUUACCAAACAUUUGCACUGACUGUUCCACUAUCGUCGUAUUCCUUUUCGAUGAAGGUGUAUACGUAUGGUGUUUGUAAAAUUCAACUCGUAUUUUUAGAAAAUCGUACAUUCACGAAAGAAACACGUGUGAUUGUAGUUAAUUUGUUGAUGAUACAAGUUUUAUUUAUGCAUUUUAUACCGAGACGACGUCUUUGAUCGACAUCUUGAAUGUGAAGAAAUCGACACUCACUCGUUGUGAAACAUAAUCGUAUUCCUCUUUCCAACUCCUAUCCAAUUGCUUUUUUCUUUAUACAUAUAUUUGCACAAUUUUUAAAUAAAAUGCAUUAUGCGCAUAUACAUGAUGUAUGAUUAAAGAUUUUAAAACUAAAAGCUUACUGUCCAGUAAACAGUAACUGAUGGUAACAUUACAUCAAUAUUAUAAUUUCUUUUUGCUAUUUAAUAACGUAACUGUUACGUAACAUGCGUGUUAUAUUGCAUUUACAUUGUCGAGUGGGAAAUUAUAACACUGAUGUUAGAUUAUUAAUAAUUAUUAGUAAUUACUAAUAAUUAUAAUUAGUACUUACUAUAGAGUGUUAUAGAGUUUAAGCAGAUAAACAUCUAAAAUUGCUCUUUGAAUUGGCAGUGAUCUUUGACGCCGUAGUUGCGUCGUUGCAAUGCUGCAUGUUAAUAAUUUUUCUGUCUUUUUCUCCUUUUCACUCUCAUAGUUAUGUGCUAAUAACGUAGGAAGCGGCAGAAGAAUACUGUAAGAGCUGUCUGUGGGUGACAAAACUAAUUAUUAAUAAAACAUUUAUGGAGUUUUUCUCGA